AAUCGGGGCAGAAUUCAGGGCUGCCCUCGCUUGUCGAGAGGAGCCUUCCCGUGCUCCCGGCAUAGCCUUCCCGCAGGUCAAGCGCUUGCCCUCGCGGUAGGCAGAGUGAACGCAAAUACAGGCUGGUCAAGAUGUCUCAGAUCAGCCCACCUCCCCCCUCUGUGCCCCUUGUCCUCCCAGAGGGGGGUUUGACUGCCACUUGUGUGGGGAUGGAGUUAGGAAAUGUUCGUUGGGGGGGGGAGGAUGGGUAGCAACGGUUAAAUCCGUGCAGAAGGCGCUAAUGCGUUGCUUGCGUGAUAAUUAAGCGCAGAGUUUGGUUGGGAGGGGGAAUAUCCUUAUUGGCCUUGUGGCAGCGUGGCUCGUUUCAUGUCAGCCUCAGACUGUAAGAAGCUGCCAUUUACCUCCUUCCCCGGCCCCGCAUAGGAAAAUGAAGUAAAAACGGCGCAGCGUGGCACGUGCUGGGAAUCUGUUUCUGCUUGUCUUCUGCUUAAAGCCUUCUUUGGGGGUGUACUGGGGAGGCCUCAUGCUGUUACAAAGAUACAAUGCUUUGUUUCUCCCCCCGGUAGGUUUCCCCAUGUCCGUGACGUGUUGGCCGAGGCUCUGCGGCUCCUCUCCGCCCUCGGAGCGGCCAGUCGCUGCCCUCUGGACUCCGUGAUCCCCGACGGGCGUCAUGAGCAUUGCAAUCCCUCUGGGAGUCACCACACCAGAUACGUCCUACUCCGACAUGGCUGCAGGAUCGGACCCAGAGUCUGUGGAAGCUAGUCCAGCUGUCAGUGAGAAGAAUGUGUACUCCAGCCACGGCUAUGGGGCCACCCAGAAACACAGCUAUCGCGGGCUGCCUUACGCAGAUCAUAAUUAUGGUGCCCCUCCUCCUCCAACGCCGCCAGCCUCUCCUCCUGUCCAGACCAUUAUACCUCGUGCAGAACUGAAUGGCCUGCACUCACCUGAUGAGGAGAACUCCGGGGACAGUGAGAGCUCCUCAGAAGGAGAAUCAAUUCCCACUUGGUGCCAUUGCAGUGUCUCCCAAGAUGGUUUCCUCCUCAAGUGUGAAAAGUGCAGCCUGACAAGUGUUGGUGGCACCAGGAGUGGAGAUGAGGAUGUUAAAUCGAUGUUCUUAUCAUCCUGGGCCCCACUGAGGGCACGCAUCUUGUGACAUCCUGUUGAAUUUCAAGUGACUUUACUCCUACAAACCAGCUUCAAUUGUGCAUUCUCGUUUGGCAGAGGAAUGAGCAGGGGGAAGGUGAUCAGACUCCGCCGCCGGAAGCAGGACAACGUGUCAGGUGGGGACAGCAGUGCAACUGAGAGCUGGGAUGAAGAACUGUCUCCCUCUACGGUGCUGUACACAGCCACGCAGCACACCCCUACAAGCAUCACUCUGACUGUCAACCGUGUCCGUAGAAGCAAACCUAAGAAGAGGAAGAGGAGUACAGAAAAAGCUCGCACUGCUCCAAAGGCCAAAAAGAUCAAGGCCUUUCGAGAGGGCUCACGAAAGUCUCUGAGGAUGAAGAAUUCCCCUUCUGAAGCACAUGCCUUGGAUGAAAACACAGCUGAAGGGUGGGAGAAUCGAAUACGUCUCUGGACAGACCAAUAUGAAGAAGCCUUUACUAACCAGUACAGCGCUGAUGUGCAGAACCUGUUGGAACGUCAUCUAAACGCUAAUAAAGAAUAUGUGGGCAAAACUGCUAUGCUAGACACAAUCAACAAAACAGAGUUGGCCUGCAAUAAUACUGUUAUUGGGUCCCAGAUGCAGCUGCAGCUGGGAAGAGUGACUCGGGUUCAGAAGCACCGGAAGAUCCUGAGGGCAGCAAGAGACUUGGCACUCGAUACCCUUAUAAUUGAGUAUCGAGGGAAGGUUAUGUUACGACAGCAAUUCGAGGUCAAUGGGCAUUUCUUCAAAAAGCCAUACCCAUUUGUGCUGUUCUACUCCAAGUUUAAUGGCGUUGAAAUGUGUGUUGAUGCCCGCACCUUUGGUAACGAUGCCAGGUUCAUCAGGCGUUCCUGCACUCCAAAUGCAGAGGUUCGUCAUGUGAUUGCUGAUGGGAUGAUCCACCUGUGUAUCUAUGCUGUUGCCACCAUUGCCAAGGACACAGAGGUUACCAUCGCCUUUGACUAUGAGUACAACAUCUGCAGCAACUAUAAAGUGGACUGUGCGUGUCACAAGGGGAACCGGAAUUGCCCUGUGCAGAAACGUGGCCCAAAUGCUGCGGAACACCUACCUCCGCCUGUUUUAGGCACACUGAUUGGGGCAGAAACACGCCGUCGAAAAGCCCGUCGAAAGGAACUAGAAAUGGAACAGCAGGGCGUUGCAUCGGAUGAGAACAGCAAUCAACAAACCGAGGAAGUUCCAGAGGGACCAGCAGCGGUCAGCGACAGUGAGGUGGCAGAUAAAGAGGAGAAACAAGAAGGGGAGAAAGAAGAGUCUGUAGAUGAACAGGGAGCCUUGGUUCACAACCGACGGUCCCGAGAAGAUAGGAAGGUAGAAGCCAUCAUGCAUAUGUUUGAAAACUUGGAAAAGAGAAAGAGGAGACGAGAGCAACCGUCAGACCGGAACAGUACCGAUGCUGAACUCAACAUCAAUGCUGAGGCUCCUGAGCCGGAGGAAAUAAAAACGGAGACUCCUGAAACUGAAGAUGGAAGUUCAACACUUAGUGCUGCUGUGCCAAACGUUUCUAACAGUAACACCAGUACUGGGGUGAACACACGACGGUCUUCCCAAUUAGUGGAUGCUGUCCCAGAAAAAACAGUUACUAAGCCUGCUCCAGCAAAACCCUCUAGGCCUCGACCGAAAAGUCGCUUUUCUCGGUAUCGGACCAGUUCAGCACAAAGACUGAGACGGCAGAAGCAAGCCAAUUCCCAGCAAGCUGAACUCGCACAGGCUGUCCCAGAGGAAGGAAGCACUGCCAGCUUGGUAACUGCAACAGAUGUCAGCAAUGUAGAAGGUCCUGGAGAAGGCAAACAGUUAGCUGGAUCUGACCCAACUGUUAUCCUGGCUGCAGGAUCUCAGUCUAAUCGGGCCACAGUAAAGUACCCCAAAACUAAAAAGUAUCUUGUUACUGAAUGGCUGAAUGACAAGGCAGAAAAGCAGGAGUGUCCCAUUGAAUGCCCUCUGCGCAUUACUACGGACCCAACAGUUUUGGCAACAACCCUAAACAUGUUGCCAGGUCUCAUCCACUCCCCACUAAUUUGUACCACACCUAAACACUACAUUCGUUUUGGUUCACCUUUCAACCCUGAGAGACGUCGAAGGCCGUUUCUGUUGGAUGGAAUUUACAGCUCCUGUAAAAAGCGCUGGAUCAAACAAGCCCUGGAAGAGGGGAUGACGCAGACCUCACCAGCUCCACAAGAGAACAGAACCCAAUGUCUAUACCAAAGUAACGAGAACAGCAGUUCUUCCAGCAUCUGCAAAGAUGACGCAGACUUGCUGAGUCCCCUGAAGAAAUGGAAGUCUCGCUACUUGAUGGAGCAGAGCGUUAAGAAGUUACUGAGGCCUCUGUCUCCGGUCACCCCUCCACCUCCCAUCCCUUCAGUUCCUGACUCGGUGAGCCCACAGCUGGCUACACCCUGCUCAUCUCUGCCAGGAGAGGAGGAGAGUCGCAAUGGUUAUGGCAUGAUGUUCUCGCCAAUUCCUUCUCUGGCUGCUAGUCGCUGCAAUACUCCACUACAGUUUGAGAACGUGUCCUCCCCUGAGAGUUCCCCUGCGCAUAGGCCUGAGUCCCUGUCACCCGAGCUCUGCCUCCGAACAGACCUGGAUUUGAAGGGUGGGUACCUGGAUUCCAGUACAAAUGCCUGCCCAGAACGGUCGUCACUGCUCAGCUUUGGACCCUCUGAUCUGGCUCCACAGCCCUCCAUAAACUCUGCUUCAGAGAUCAACUUCCCAGGGAAAACUGGGGAAGCACAACUGCUGCUAAGAAGCUCUGAUCAAGCUUUUCGGACAGAGUUUAAUUUAAUGUAUGCCUUCUCCCCAUUGAACGCUAUGCCACGUGUGGAUGGGUUGUUGCGGGGAUCUGCUCCUUUGGGAGACAGGAAGCCAAUGAAUUCAGAAGCAGGAUGCUGCAGCUCUCCUGCUGAAGGAUAUUUCAGCAGACAUGAGUCAGGGCUGCUUAAAGAGACAGUGCAUGGAUCCAUGUCUCCCUGUGGUGAGAGGGCUUGCGAAGGAGUCAGAUCUGCUCCACAGAAUCCACCGCAAAGGAAGAAGGUCUCUCUGCUAGAAUAUCGCAAGCGGAAACAGGAAGCCAAGGAGGGAGGCGAUACAGUGCGAUGUACAGGGACUCCUACCCGACAGGGCAGCAGCAGUUCUGUGACUGACACAGAUGUCAGCAGCUUGCCGGGCUCCGUAGUACGAGCCCCAUCCUCCCCACAAAGUGGCUUCUCCCCUUCUCAUCCCUCCCUGCCUCAUGUAGAGGAGAUCAGCCCACCAGACUCAAGGGGGGCUAGUUCCUCAACAUCACUCUGCAAAGCCCAGGAGAACAUCAGCAGUAGGUGGAUGGUUCCAACCUCAGUGGAGAGACUUCGAGAGGGCCGAGGCAUACUUGAGAAGGUCCUGCGAAGUGGUGCAAAGGUAUCUCAGAGAAAUGAAUCCUCACCUACAGCUGACGGUGCUGUUGAGAGAGAUCCGGACGCAGCAGAAGGAGACACUCCAGAUGCCCUCAAAGGACCAGCAGUUUACAGUCCUUCUAGAUACAGCUACCAGCUCCUGCAGUCUGACAGUCCCCAGGCAGAAUCGCAGACCCUUCUCCAGCAAAGUUCCUCCCCCUACCGAGGACACCUUACUCCAUCUCCUGGGUACAGCUAUCGAGCAGCAGCACAGAGGACAGGACACAGCCUCUCUCAUGGUUCCUCAGAAACAUCCCUCUCCUCCACCUCGUACUCCAGCCCUGCCCACUCGGUCUCCACAGACUCUGCCCUGUUUGCAGGGAAUUCGGGGUAUUACAGCAGCCAGCAGCACUCUGGCAGUGUCAGCGGCAGCCUCCUGAAGAAGAGUUGCCCUGCUGCUGCCAGCCCAGCACAGCAAACGCCUGUGGACUCUCUUUCCUCCGAGUCUGUUUCUCAGCCCUGCACAGGAGCGUCAGGCUCCACCUCUGCUCUCCAAAAUGCUAGGUCGCUACAGUCAGACUUGCGGACUAUCAGUCUGCCAAAUUCUGGGCAGUCUGUUCUCUACCAGGGCUCCAGGGGGGCAGUGAUUUCCAAUGCACAACACUAUCAGCACCGUGGGGGAAGCAGUGUCCAUCAGUACAGACUUCAGCAGCUUCAAGGUUCAGGAGUAAAGACUCAGACAGGGCUUUCCUAGGGCUGCCUGGACUUGAGGAGGACAAAACUGCCCAUAGCUCCUUCUAGUCACCUCUGGAAGUGGCUCCUGGGCCAGUGUUAGGAGGCUGCACCUGAUGCUGGGGUGCCAGGGGUCAGAGGCUGAGGUCUGAAAUGCACGGGUGAGAUUUGUGAGCAGUAUUGGCCUCUGGCCUUGUAGGGGAAUUUCUCUGAGGCAGAGACUGUAGCAAAGCUGUUCCCUGAUGCGUGGGUACAUUGCAAAA